CGGAAAUUUGCCUAAUUCUGAAUAUAGAAAAAUCACGGCUUCCUCCGGCAAUUCUCUCUCUCUCUCUCUCUCUUAUCUGCGCGCCUGCGGCCAGUCUCGUCGAAGUCUCCGAAGGAAACCAUACCUUCUUUGCACAGCACUUCUAAUAUUUUUGAUUCUCGACAACUGCAAAUCUAGGGUUCCACAUCCACUGCCUCUAUGUGCGCAUGCUAUUCAGUUCCAUUAAUUAUAAUUGGAUUGGCUAAAAAGCCGUGAUGCCCAUGUGAUUGUCGACCUUUUACUUCCCGUUCGAGACAAAAUCUACGACUUCGCUAAUCUCAACACCACUGCGAUCUGUGUCUGCAAACUAUAGGGAUCUUUAGAGGAGUCUCGGAUCAGGUUUUCCGCCCCCUCUCGAGGGGACAUGUUGUGCAACGGGAAGUAGGUCCUGUUUGCUUGUACCUUUUAUGGCACUGGAGGUGGAAACCCCAUCCUAUCUUGUCAUUGCGUAACAGUUACUUGGAGAUGGAGGCAUCAUCUGCUUGGUCGUAGCAACGUCAAUGUUGCAAUUACAGCAGCAAUUUUUGUUCUGGUAUUUGGCAUAUUGAUGAUAAUAGCUUAAGCGGAAGAAUGCAUGCUCUUUAUAUCUGGGAAAACUUUUGCGGAGUUGUAUGGUUUCUGGUUUCAAGUGAGGUGCUUGAUUUUUAGUAAGCUUGAAAGGUGUUAAUUGACAAGAAGAGAGGUGUCAAGAGGAAUACAAAGCAGAUAAGAUGAUCAACAGGCAGCUUUUGUUGACCUAUCUCUACCUUCUAGUUUACAUACUGCUUUCAUCAGGAGUUAUUUUGUACAACAAGUGGGUCCUUUCUCCCAAGUACUUCAACUUUCCGUUUCCAAUAACACUCACGAUGAUUCACAUGGGAUUUUCUGGCAUGGUGGCAUUCUUUCUUGUCCGGGUUUUGAAGGUUGUAUCACCUGUCAAGAUGACAUUUGAAAUAUAUGCGACAUGUGUGAUCCCAAUAAGUGCCUUCUUUGCAUCAAGCCUGUGGUUUGGCAACACUGCAUACUUGUUCAUUUCUGUGGCCUUCAUCCAGAUGCUUAAAGCUCUAAUGCCAGUGGCAACAUUUCUCAUGGCUGUUAUUUGUGGCACUGACAAAUUAAGGUGUGAUGUAUUCUUGAACAUGGUGGUGGUCAGUGUUGGUGUUGUAGUUUCGUCAUAUGGGGAAAUUCACUUCAAUGUAGUGGGCACAGUCUAUCAAGUCACAGGAAUAUUUGCUGAAGCUCUCCGGCUUGUCUUAACUCAAGUGCUUCUUCAAAAGAAGGGCUUAACUCUUAAUCCUAUCACCAGCUUGUAUUACAUAGCACCAUGCAGUUUUGUCUUUCUGUUUGUUCCUUGGUGUCUACUGGAGAAGCCCGGCAUGGAAGUUUCACAAAUCCAGUUCAAUUUCUGGAUAUUUUUCUCAAAUGCCCUUUGUGCUCUGGCAUUGAAUUUCUCCAUUUUCUUAGCAAUUGGUAGAACAGGAGCAGUGACAAUAAGAGUUGCUGGUGUUUUGAAAGAUUGGAUUCUAAUUGCUCUUUCAACCAUCAUUUUUCCGGAGUCAACGAUUACGAGGCUUAAUAUUAUAGGCUACGCAGUCGCUUUAUGUGGAGUUGUCAUGUACAACUACUUGAAGGUCAAGGAUGUUCGUGCCUCCCAACUUCCUGUGGAAAGUCUCCCAGAACGAGCAGUUAAGGACCUGGGGAUUGAGAAAAAGUCAUCAGAUCUGUAUGUUCCCGAUGACACUAAUAGUAGUGCUAGUGGAUGGAAUAGUACUGCUUCUGAUAUUAUGGUGGAUGAAGAGGCACCUCUAAUUCCUUCCUCAAGAGUGUCUCAUCUUGGUAGAAGCCAACUUGGCAGUCACUCUGAAUGAUCGAAAGUGCUCAAUUGAGUCAAGCAAGCAAAGGUUUGAAGUAUAUACCCUGUUAUUUUUCUGAAGAAUGAUCAUUCUUUGUAGGAGACUUGCUAGUUUUGGAUUCGUGCUGUGAUUCGCUUUGAAUACUCUGGUUGGAGCAUGCCAUGAGGUAUCAAUUGCUUUCUGGUAGGCCUCUUUUGCUUGGAGGUCGUUUUAUUGAGUCCAUUUUGUUGAUGCAAUGAAACCAGAAAGAAUGAUGGAUAUAGUUUUCAUCAUUAACUUGUUUUAGCUCUCCGGUCAGGAGCUUCUUUUUUCUUUUUUUAAUCUCUCCGGCCUUCUUACUGCGAAAAUUUGGGUAAUGGAAUGGAAAUUAUUGCAAUCCAUUGUCGGCAGAAGGUUUCUCCCACUUUGUUUACAGGAAGAGAGGAACCUAAACAGUGAGAGAGUUUAUAUUGAUAUCAUUGUUGUAGAGACUAUUUGAGGGAGCGAUUAGCGAUUAUUGUUUAUUUUGUUUCAAAUUCUAUGAGCCUGCAUUGAAGUCUGACGUUGCCGGGCAUUUCCGUGGCUGUUAUUCUCAAGUUUUCCUUUUUA